AUGGAGAUGAACUAUAACAAUGAGACAUCCCAGGAGCUCCAUACCAUCGAGGCGGAGCUCCACACAGAUAUCGUGCCCGGCACAGAGAUCAUGCGAGAUGUUGCAUCGCACCAUUUUGUCAAGGAUCGUUCUGGCUCCAGCCGUGUCCUCAUUCCUCAGCCUUCGGACGAUCCUGCCGACCCCCUCAAUUGGUCAUUUACAUGGAAAAUAUUGACAAUCACUGGGGCCAGUCUAGCGAGCUUCUUCCAGGGCUUUGGGCCACUAGCGCUUGCACCUAUGUUCCCAGACUACAUCGAGGCGUUUCACUGCAGCCUGGCGGACGCUGUCCAGUUCACUGGAGUGUGUAUCUUGGUUUUGGGGUUUAGCAACUUUAUAUGGGUUCCGAUAAGCACUUCCUUCGGAAGACGCCCGGUAUACAUCUUCUCCAACCUGAUUUGCCUCGCCUCCAUGGUAUGGAGGGCCCGUGCCCAGACGUAUGGCAGUUUUAUGGGCGCUUGUGUGCUUAAUGGUAUUGGCGCUGGUCCCGCAGAGUCGAUCCAACCAUCCGUCAUUGCUGAUAUCUUCUUCUUGCACGACAGAGGGAAAUGGAACACUCUUUAUUGGGUCACAUAUAUGGGAUCAUUGAUGAUCGGACCGAUUGUCAGCGGUUCGGUCGCGCUCAAUGUCGGGUGGCGUAACUUUUGGUGGCUAAACGUGGCCCUGGGCGCGUUUGUACUGAUCUAUAUCGUCUUCCUAUUUCCAGAGACCAAAUGGCAUCGCCCCCACCCGAAUGAGAUCCUUAAUGAAGUCAGACCCAACAGCGGGAAGAAUGACAGUUCGGUCAACGCCAAACACGCGGGGAAUUCCCAGGAAGAUACUCAGAGCACAGCGGAUCCCGCCAUCAAUGUGGCCACGGAGAAAGGUACCCCGGAUACACUUGCUGAUCUAAACGCCAGCGAGACGGCUCAAAGAGAUCCUUACCUUGGCAGGGGCAAGCCCGCGAAGUGGCAAUUUCGUGUCUUCCAGCCCAAUGCCCAUCCCUUCAAGGCUAUUCUUCUGGACCUAUGGAUCCCUUGGAAGCUAUUUGCCUUCCCCAUCGUUCAAUUCGCCAGCUUUGUUGUCUCUUGGAGCUGCUCUUCUUUCUUAACCAUCAAUCUGACCCAAAGCCAAGUACUUGCCGCGCCACCUUACAACUUCUCUAGCCAGACGAUUGGAUUUACCAAUUUCGCUAUUUUUGUCGGAUCCCUCAUCGGCCUGGCGACGGGUGGUCCUCUGUCCGACUGGGUGGCUGCCAAACUCACCGCUAGAAAUAACGGUGUUCGCGAGCCAGAGAUGCGGUUGCUCGCCAUGAUCCCAUUCGUUCUUAUUAUGUACCUCGGAAACAUCAUUGUCUCAGUUGGAUAUGAGAACCUUUGGCCAUGGGAGGCAAUCGUGCUUGUUGGAUAUACUUGUGCAGGUAUCCAAGUUGCGGCCCUCCCCAGCAUUUCGAGCACGUAUGCUGUCGACAGUUAUAAGCCCGUUGCUGGCAGCCUGUUUGUUAGCAUCACUGUCAAUAAGAACCUUUGGGGCUAUGGAUUCAGCAAAUUUAUCACUCCUUGGAGCAUCAAGUCGGGUUUCAUCCAACCCAUCAUGACAAAUGGAAGCUUGGUCCUUCUCUGGUGUCUGUUUGGUGUCAUCUUCUACUAUUAUGGCAAGACGUUUCGUCGUUGGAGCAAGAAUAGCAGCAUUCACAGCCUUUAA